AUGUGUCCGCAGACGAAAAGAAUAUUCACGCAACGUUGGAAUUUUGGUUGGAAUGUGAGGAAAUACUUUGGUCUCAAAAAGAAAGAUUUCAGUGGCAGCAAGAGGGUGAUAGAAAUAUUCGAUUUUUUUCAUAACUUUGUUCGUGAGCAAAUGGCUAGAGAUAAUAUAUUCAGAUUAAGGGAUGCUUCAGGUACUUGGGUAAGUGACUUGGAGAGUUUACGUUCUUUGGCUCACCAGCAUUUCAUGCAGUCGUUUUCUCAGCCUCCUUCGAAGUCCAAAGAUGAUAUAAAACAAGCUCUUCAGCAUUUGCAUGUCCUACAAUUGUCUGUUGAGAGUGUUCAAAGACUGCAAAGGGCAAUAACUAUUGAUGAGGUUGAGCAAGCACUUUUUCAAAUGAGGUCAGAUAGCACUUCAGGGUUAGAUGGUUUCCAUGCCCACUUUCAUAAGAGAUAUUGGUCAUUAAUGCGUGAAUAUAUUUUUCAAUUAGUGAAGGAAUUUUAUGAGACUGGGAGGUUGUCUCCAAUAAUUAAUCAUACUUGUGUUGUUUUGAUUAAGAAAUAUGACUCUCGUAGGUCUUUGAAUGAUUUCAGGCCUAUUAGCUUGUGUAAUGUCCUGUAUAAGAAUGUUUCCAAGUCAAUUAGCAAUCGGUUGAAAGGGCAUUUAGAGGAGAUCAUUACUCCUUUUCAAAAUGCUUUUGUGCCUGGUCGACAGAUUUCAGAUAAUAUCCUCAUUUUUGCUGAGUGUUGCAUAAAAUUCAGAACUUUCGAAGAAAUAAAACUGGGGGAUCCAUUGUCUCCAUAUUUGUUUGUAAUCACAGCCAAUAUACUCUUUUGUAGGGUUUUGCAUGAGGAAAAUCAAGGAAAGUGGAAAGCAAUUAAGGUUGCACAAAACUCUUUGCCAGUGACUCAUUUAAUUUAUGCUGAUAAUACGGUUUUAUUUGGUCAUGCUAAAGAAGAGGACAUACUGAUACUGACAGUGGAUAAGAUUCUACAAUUUUAUGGGACAUUGUCAGUUUGCCAAAAGAUUGGUCGUUAUUUGGGUGCUUAUUUAGAUGAGGGUCAGAAUCGUUCUGCUCUUUAUCAGGAAGUGAUUCACAAAGUGGAUCAGAAAUUACAAGCAUGGAAAGCUCAAUGUUUAUCUCAGGCUGGACGUUUAACGUUGAUUAAUUCGGUCCUGGUUUCACUUUUGACUCACCCUCUAUCUCACAAAGCUCUUCCUCUAAAAUACUUCCAUUUAAUUGAUAUGAAAUUGGCUAAUUUCUUUUGGGGUUCUCCUAAGUUGCAUUUGAAGAAAUGGGAUUCCAUUUGUGUCUCAAACGUAUGUGGAGGUUUGGGCAUUAAGCGUAUUGCAGAAUACAACACGGCUUUAUUGGGUAAGCAAGCUUGGUGCUUAAUUUCGACGUCGCCAAAUUCACUUCUCAGCCAAGUUCUGCAUCUUCCUCAUUCUUAUCAUUUACAAAGGUAUUCCUCCAUGUCAUGUGUGUGGGAAGGUAUUAUUUCUCACAGUGACAUUAUUGUGAAUCACCUUAAGUGCAAAAUUGUCAAACUUUGGUGGCCCAGGCAGUUUCCUCUGCCUCUAACAAAUAUGACAAUAGUCAAUCUUACUUUUCAUACCAAAGCUAAAUGGAACCCCAAGUUACUAAAUCAUAUUUUUUAUGAACAAGCAAGAGAUAGACCAAUUAGGAUGCCUUUUCCCAUACUGGGAGAGCGAGAUGGUAUCAUUUGGAACUUGAAUGACUCCAGGGAGUAUACCGUAGGGACAGCAUACAAUUAUCUAAUGAAAAGCUGUGAAGUUCAAAGUGAUGUUAAAGUUAAAGAUCCCUGGUUAUUCAUUUGGAAGUUACAUGUUUACCCCAGAGUGCAACUUUUCUCAUGGAAGCUUGUUCAUUAUGCUUUGCCAUUAAGAGGUGCUUUGAAAGCUCAUCAUCAUCAAAGGAUCAAUGAAGGAUGUGCUUUUUGUGGGGAGAUUCCAGAAGAUCUUGUGCAUUUAUUUUUCCAAUGCCCUUUUGCUCAAUGUGUUUGGUUUGGUUCACAACUUAGUUUGAGAAUAAUGGCUGAUGGGUCAAAGGAUGAUGUCAAUGGUCAUUUGUUGCCUUUACUUCUUCUGGUUAAGCAAAAGCAACAUGAUGAGCCAAGCAACAAAUCUGGUAACAGCGAGUUGAUCGCCAUCUUUCUUUAUGUCAUUUGGCAGAGCAGGAAAGGAUUCACUUUCAAGACCUCUCAAAUUACUCCUAUGAAAGCUUUAACGAGGAUUCGUUAUUAUUACAACCAAGUAAGUUCCAUUGGUGACACCUAG